UGUCUUUUUGGCAGAAAUAGUCCUUCUUUUAUGGGGGCAUGGUUUCUUUUGGCAUUUGUUUCCCGAUUUUGUGUUCUGGGCAGUUUAUGCCAUUUGAACGAUUUUUGAUGCUACGUGUUUUUCGCCGGUUCUCUUCACCGGUUUUCCACCCAAUCACUUUUCGAUUGCUGGCAUUUUUUUCAAUCUUUAUUUCGACGAAUUUGCUUUUCUUGCUCUGUUUCGAUCUAUCGUUACGUUCCUUUUCUUCCUUCUCCGUUUCCUCUUCUAAUUGCAGGUUCACGAUUGAUGUGGUUGUCGGGUUCGGUGGUGUCACCGCCAUUAGCUCCAGCAUCCUCUACCUUCUGCUUCUUCAUUUUAUCCCUUCUUAA